CGACCAUCAAUCUCUUUCCACAUUGACCAUUGGAUUGCUGCCCUGCACCCAAUCCAUCUCUUAUCCUUUCACUCACUGCGUGUGCUUCACUGCCAUACGCAUCUCUCUGGGGACCUCUUUUUACACUCCCAACUACCCCGCCAAACCCCGCGAUCAAGCUGUAAAAAUGGUUGGACUUGGACCUCGCCCGCCUCCCUCCAGAAAGGGUUCCAAGGCGGAUAUCCCUAAGGAUCUUCUCAAUGAAGUGAGGAAGCUGGAAGAAAUCUUCACCGUCGACACCGGCAAGCUCAAGGAAAUUACAGACCACUUCGUCAAUGAACUUGCUAAAGGUCUCAGCGUCGAGGGUGGCAGCAUCCCAAUGAACCCUACCUGGGUCAUGUCCUACCCCGAUGGGUACGAGACUGGCUCUUUCUUGGCUCUUGAUAUGGGUGGUACCAAUCUGCGUGUCUGCGAGAUCACUCUGACAGACCGCAAAUCAGAGUUCGACAUUAUUCAGUCCAAGUACCGUAUGCCAGAGGAGCUCAAGACUGGAUCCAGCGAGGAGCUGUGGGAGUACAUUGCAGACUGCCUCCACCAAUUCGUCGAGACUCACCACGGCGACUGCAGCAAGUUGGAACCGCUGCCCCUGGGCUUCACUUUCUCCUAUCCGGCCACCCAAUAUCACAUCGACGAGGGUAUUCUCCAGCGAUGGACCAAGGGAUUCGAUAUUGCCGGUGUUGAGGGAAGCAAUGUCGUGCCAAUGUUUGAGGCUGCUAUCGCUAAGCGUGGUGUACCUAUUAAACUGUCGGCUUUGAUCAAUGACACGACGGGAACGUUGAUUGCUUCCGCCUACACCGACACCAAGAUGAAGAUUGGCUGCAUCUUUGGAACUGGAUGCAAUGCUGCCUACAUGGAGAAUUGCGGCUCCAUCCCCAAGCUGGCGCACAUGAACCUUCCCCCGGACUGCCCCAUGGCUAUUAACUGCGAGUGGGGUGCUUUUGACAAUGAGCACAAGGUCUUGCCUCGCACCAAGUACGACAUCACCAUCGACAACGACUCUCCCCGUCCUGGCCAGCAGGCAUUCGAGAAGAUGAUUGCUGGUCUCUACCUGGGCGAGAUCUUCCGAUUGGUGCUGGUGGACCUCCAUGAUAACAAGGAAGUCCAUGUCUUUGAGAACCAGGACAUCUCUUUGCUCCGCAAGCCUUACACUCUGGAUUCAUCUUUCCUGUCUGGCAUUGAAGAGGACCCCUUUGAGAACCUUCAGGAGACUUUUGAUACUUUCCAAUCAAAGCUCAACAUCACGCCUACGGUACCUGAGCUUGAGCUGGUUCGCAGAUUAGCAGAGCUCAUCGGAACACGAGCUGCCAGACUCUCUGCCUGCGGUGUUGCGGCUAUUUGCAAGAAGAAGAAUUUCGAAUCUUGCCACGUCGGUGCUGACGGAUCCGUCUUCAACAAGUACCCUCACUUCAAGGCCCGUGGCGCACAAGCCCUGCGGGAGAUUCUCGACUGGCCUCAGAAGGCCAACCCCAAGGAUGAGGAUCCCAUCGAGGUUUUGGCAGCCGAGGAUGGUAGCGGUGUUGGAGCCGCCCUGAUUGCCGCUCUAACCCUCAAGCGUGCCAAAGCUGGCAACUUGGCUGGUAUCCUUCACCCUGAGAAUUUCAUAUAAUCGUGUCAUGUUUGUCUGAGCCCGAGGUACCUAAAGGAUCAUCAACAGAAAAGAAGACUAAAUUAGAAGUAUUUCUCUUUGUCAUGAUUCUCAGCAAGCAUUGCGCCUGGGGUAUUUGAUUGAAGUCUAUCUUGUUCGCGUUAACCCAUGAAAGUGCACACUGGCAGUCGAUACUCUGUCUAUUGUUAGUCAUUCCGUACGUGCAUAUACUGCUAGGGCUGGGAGACCUACUGUCUAGUGUCCAGUAUCGUCGUCG